GCGAGGGCGGAGCGGCGGCGGCGGGCGCGGGAAGGCUCGAACGGGCGGCGGGGCCGGCGACAGGUGGGAGCAAAGAUGCCACCAAAGCAGAAGCCAAUGCGGUAUGGCCACACCGAGGGGCACACCGAUGUCUGCUUCAAUGACACCGGCAGCUGCAUUGUGACUUGUGGCAGUGAUGGAGAUGUUAGGAUCUGGGAAGACCUGGAUGAUGAUGAUCCAAAGUCCAUUAAUGUGGGAGAAAAGGCCUACUCAUGUGCUCUAAAGAAUGGAAGGCUGAUCACAGCAGUCUCCAACAACACUGUCCAGAUCCACACGUUUCCUGAGGGAGCUCCAGAUGGGAUCCUCACUCGUUUCACCAUGCCUGUCAACCACGUCACCUUUAGUCCUGAUGGCACCAAAGUUGCUGCUGGAUCCAGUGACUUUAUGAUCAAAGUUGUGGAGGUGACUGAUAGCAGCAAGCAGAAAACAUUCCGAGGACACGAUGCGCCUGUUUUAAGCCUUUCUUUUGACCCCAAGGAUGUUUACCUGGCCUCGGCGAGCUGUGACGGUUCUGUCAGAGUCUGGAGCAUUGCAGAUCAGACAUGCACGACAAGCUGGCUGCUGCUGCAGAAAUGUAAUGAUGUGAUAAAUGCUAAAUCAAUCUGCAGGCUUGCCUGGCAACCUGGCACUGGCAAGCUGCUGGCAGUUCCUGUAGAUAAAGUUGUUGAACUGUUCAGAAGAGAGACCUGGGAUAGUCAAUUUAAUCUGUCAGAUGCCUCCAUCACACAGCCCUUGAACGUUGUGGUCUGGUCUCCUUGUGGGCAGUUCCUGGCAGCUGGAAGUGUGGAUGGGAAUUUAGUGGUGUGGAAUGUGGAAACCCAGCAGUGCAUAGAGAGGAUGAAGCAUGAGAAAAAAUACUCAAUUUGUGGACUGGCAUGGCACCCUAAAUAUAAGCAAAUUGCUUACACAGACAAUGAAGGAAAUCUGGGGCUCUUGGAAAAUAUUGGUGAUGCAGAGAAGCCAAAUGACAAGGUUGCCAGUGCAGUGGCCAAAGACUACAACGAUCUGUUUGAUGGAGAUGAUGAUGAUUACUUAAAUGGGGAUGUGAUUGAACCUCCUUCUUCCCCAAAAACUGGAGAUAAUGAGGAUGAUGCUGAUGACCUUAUGCAACCCCCAGGCCACGUGAGACGGGCAGUAAUUGAUGAUGAUGAUGAUAACUCACUAGAUAUUGGGUUGAUAAAAGCUAGUUCUGGUCUUCUUGAGAAGGAGGAUGAUGGUGAUGAUCAGACUGGUGGUGGCUUUUCAGCUUUGCCACCAUCAUCUACACAACAGCCUUUCUAUGAUGGGCCAAUGCCAACCCCCAGGCAAAAGCCCUUCCAGUCUGGCUCCACUCCUGUGCAUCUGAUGCAUCGAUUCAUGGUGUGGAAUUCAGUUGGAAUCAUUCGCUGCUACAACGACGAGCAGGACAACGCCAUAGACAUCGAGUUCCACGACACCUCUGUGCACCAUGCCACUCACCUCCCCAACUCCCUGGGCCACACCAUGGCUGACCUCUCCACUGAAGCCAUCCUGCUGGCCUGUGAGAGUACAGAGGAGCUUGCAAGCAAGCUCCACUGCAUCCAUUUUGGCUCCUGGGAUGCCAACAAGGAGUGGACUGUGGAUAUGCCAAAGGAUGAAGAGAUUGAGGCCAUCUGUCUAGGUCAGGGCUGGGCUGCCUGUGCCACCAGUGCCCUGCUGGUCCGUGUGUUCACAGCUGGAGGAGUCCAGAAGGAGAUCUUCAGUCUCCCAGGCCCAGUGGUGUCCAUGGCAGGACAUGGAGAGCAGCUGAUGCUUGUUUAUCACAGAGGUACUGGGUUUGAUGGGGACCAGUGCCUUGGGGUACAGCUGAUGGAGCUAGGAAUGAAGAAAAGACAAAUUUUGCAUGGAGACCCUCUUCCUCUGACAAGGAAAUCCUAUUUGGUGUGGGUUGGAUUCUCUGCAGAAGGCACCCCUUGCUACGUGGAUUCCGAGGGAACCGUGCGGAUGCUGAACCGAGGGCUUGGGAACACUUGGAUUCCAGUGUGCAACACCAGAGAGCAUUGCAAAGGGAAAUAUGAUCAUUACUGGGUCGUUGGCAUCCAUGAAAAUCCCCAGCAGCUCAGGUGUAUCCCCUGUAAAGGAGCCCGGUUCCCUCCCACCCUACCACGACCUGCUGUAGCAAUCCUGCCUUUUAAACUUCCUUAUUGUCAAGUGGAAACAGAGAAGGGACAGAUGGAGGAGCAGUACUGGCGUUCUGUUUUAUUUCACAGCCACAUGGAUUACUUGUCAAAAAAUGGAUAUGAAUUUGAUGAAAAUGCUAAAAACCAGGCAGUGAAAGAACAGCAGGAACUCCUAAUGAAGCUGUUUGCUCUCUCCUGUAAGCUGGAGCGCGAGUCCCGCUGCGUGGAGCUCGCUGGCCUCAUGACCCACAGCGUGCUGAACUUGGCCAUCAAAUACGCCUCCCGCUCCCGCAGGCUGAACCUGGCCCAGCUCCUCAGUGAGGUGGCUGUGGAAAAAGCCUCAGAGCUGGCAGCAGCACAGGAAGAUGAGGAGGAGGAAGAGGAUUUCCGAAAGCGCUCGAGCGCCGGUUCCAGCAGCUCUGCCACCAAGUGGGGGCAGCUGCCAGGCAGGAAUGUUCAGCAGGACCAAGAAGUGGAAGAUGAAGAAGAAACUGAUGGCUGUGAGGAAGCAGAAGAAACCCCAGAAGUGCAUAAAGAGAAAGAGUCAAGUGGUUUCUCCAAAGGUGUCACUUCAGCAGAGGUGACUACUCCAAAGCCUGCUCUGGUUGCAUCCAGCAGCAGAGGACGAGUGAAUCCAUUUAAGGUGUCAUCCAGCAAAAAGGACCCAGCGGUCCCCUCAGGAAAUGUUUUAGACAAUAUGACCAAAUACUCAAAGAAAACAUCUUCAUCUGGCAGUCGAGCUGCAGACAAGCAGAACCCUCCUGUUAUAAAGCCUCUGACCCCCAAACCCAAGACCAAGCAGGCUUCAGCAGCCUCCUUCUUCCAGCCCCGCACACCUGCAACUAAUCCUGGUGAAAAAACAGUGGAAGAAAGAGAAGAAAAAGCAGGAAAUGAGUCCCAAGAAGCCAAAGUCACUGCACAGGAAAACACUGAAAACAGAAGACCUAAGACAGGUUUCCAGAUGUGGCUAGAAGAGAACAGAGCAAACAUUUUGACAGAUAAUCCUGAUCUGAAUGAAGCAGAAGUAAUAAAAGAAGGAAUGAGUCGAUUUAGAAUGCUGACAUCAGAGGAAAGGAUGAUGUGGACUGAAAAAGCAAGAGGAGGAGGAAGAGUCAGUGACUCAGCAGAAGACAAAAAGAGGAAGCGUCCCACAGCUGAGGAAGAUGAAGUGAAAAAGAGCCAGGAGCAGAAAUCUGAGGACACAAAUGCAUCCAAAAAAUCCAAGCCUUUAGAUCCAUCCACAAACAGAUUGUCAGCUUUUGCCUUCAAGCAGAGCUAGAUGAAGUGGUGCCUUCUCAGUGUCUGUGUUCUGAAAGAAUUCAUGGCAGAAAUUCCUCUGUGUUGAGGAGUUGGCUGCCAUGCUUGAAGAGCACUGGCAGAAAGAGUGCCUGGCUCCAAAUAGUCUGUUAGAAAGUGGUUUAUGAUCAAUUUUUGAGAGGAAUGUUGAAUCCCCUCCCACAGUCUUUGACAAGUUCCUGCUCAUGGGCCUGUCCCUGGCAGCACACCCUGAGCAGAGCUGUGUAGCUGUGGGACACCCUGGGUGCCCUCAUCCCAGUGAUAUUGGGGGCUAAAUGCAGAUUAAUCCUUCUGGGGAGGGUAAACUGUGUCCAAAAUCUGCCCUGUGGUUUUUAGAGAGGCAAAAUAAUGGCUUCCUACCAUCCCUACUGCCUUGAGAGUAAGACACUCCAGGAAAUGGGUGUGAGGGGCAGAAAGCUGAACACCAGCAACGUGUUCAGCUGCAUCUUCAACAGCUGUGGCAUUGACAGAGCCUGAUAUGGGCAGGGAUGGAAAACCAGAGCAGAAGCUGAGUUAGGAAGGUCAGGUGUGCAAAGCCAAACCAUUCCAGACUGUGCUAAGGUGCUUUCCCAAUCCCUGCCUCAGCAGGAUCCAGAAACUGCUCAGAACUUGUGAUGUUUCUAACAUUUGUGUCUGUAAUGUUUGUUUCUUUAAAUAAAAUGGCUGUUUCUUGGUUUAA